AGAUAUUCUGCGUGGGAUUGAUUGUGAAUUGAACACGUAGUACUUGUUUUACAACAGAGGCAGAAUAAUGAGCUUGUAACAAUUUGAUGCCGGUGCUAGUUUGGGGGACCCGAGGAACUGAUGUUGCUUUACAGGUUAUUCUCAUGAAAUAUGUUUUUUUCGCUUCUUUAUGUGUGCGAGUGUGCGUUUAAUCAGUUCAGCCAAGUUGAGAAUUCAUGCGACAGAGUGCUAGCUAACAUAUAGAUGAUAUUCCCAUUUAAGGAUCCGCUAACGGAUUCAGAUUGUCCUCACCAGAGAAAGCUCAUUCUGCUUUCAGGUUUAAUCGAUUUCUAAUAAUUUAACAGUUCUCCUUCUAUGUUUUGUUAGUUAACUCUGUAAGCAGUAAGCAAUGUUUGUUCUUAUUUCUUCUCUUUUUAAAAAAAAAAAAAAAAUCAUUUACAACUAGCAGGUAAUAAACCUACAUUGGGAUUUCAUUUGGCACUGGUUGUCAUUGCGAAGUGAAGAAUCUUGAGUUUUAUAGGAACACCAUGAGCCUAUCGGAUUAUUUGUUGGUUAAAACUGAAAAGAGGAAGAGCUAUCCCUAAAUGUAGCUUUAUUUGCUGCUUGGUAUUAGAAAAGGAAGCGAGGAAAUGGAGUUACAAGACGAAAAAUUUUGUUUUUUCUAUCAUGCAGCAGCUGAGUAACAAAAGUUUUAUGCAGAAGAUUCGGAAUGGUUAGUAUAUGUGUCUUACAUAAACAGCCAAAGGAAUAUUAGAUUAUCAAAAGAGGCACUUUGCUGGGCCAUAGUAUCACCUGUGCUACUGGGUAUACUGUGUCACUGUAAUUUAAAAAAAAAAAGGAAGCUAAUUUCAAAUGUUUGGGAUAGGCUAUCGGCAAUACCUAGUCAAAAAAAAAGGAGUCACUCCACCUAGUGGAUUUUCUCCUAGCUAGCACCUCAUUCUUAGAAGUUGGUUAUGUUAUAAUUUGAAGAAUUUGAGUGAGAUGAGAAGAAGCAAGUAGGGAGGAGAGGAAGAAUAUCAGAGAGAGGUUUGACCCAAUCCACUUGAGGUAUUGUCCUUUCUAGGCCAAGGCCCGCACUGUUUUGUCUUUUAAAAAGCGCCUCAAGUGUUAUGAUGGUGGGUCAAGCUUAUAAACCACAUCACUUGAUUUUCACCAAGCGAUGUGGGACUUUUGUAGUCUUAACAAGUCAUAUAGGAUACCCAACAUGGGACAUUUAUAUGCAGUAUGAGUUGGCAAACGACUCUUAUUCCACAUAUCCGAAAAGCUUAUGUUAAUAGAAAGUUGAGUUGUUAUUAUUUCUAUUUCUUACUCUAAGAAAAGGUACGUGUUACUUCCUUACCAAAAAAAAAAGAAAAAAUGGAGCUCAAGGAUGGCUGUGGAAAUGGAGGCUACUUUCCAAAUAUUUUCACUCAGGUUAAUGUUUAUCCUUAAAUUUGGGGUAAAUGUUAACCUCGGAGUGGAUAGGGUAAAAAGGGUUGACUAUAUAAUGCUCUCCCCUUUUGUACCCCCACUAACCCAUUCCCUCUCCUUUUUUUCCUCAUAAUUUUUCCUUUUUUGGUUAUUUUGCUCACUUUAUAUGUUUUCUGAAACUAUAUUAUGCAUUUAUAGGUAUAUAACCAAAACGUAAUCUGUACAAAUGUUACUUUCAUAUACCAAAUAUAAUUAAUUCAUAUGGGCUAAUAAUUACCCUCAUAAUUAACAUUACAGUUUUACACUUUGGUUUUACUUCAAAAACAAUAAACGUGGGUUUUUUAUAUCCUUAACUGUCAUCAAUAGUACACCUCAUGCUUUCCACCAAAAACAAACAAAUUAUUAAGGAACAUUAUUAUCUUUAGAAGGACAAAAGACAUUUCAGGACAAAUGACAGAGCUGUUUCUUGUUGUUUAGACGUUCUUAUCCCUGUACGUAUUGCCCGCAACUUCUAUACUCCCACUUCUCAUGUAUAUUAACUCCUGCAAAUGUGAUACUGAAUUCACAAAUGAUUUUUUUCUUCCGUUCUAUAGUUCUUUCCGUCUCAGCCAAAUCUCUACCUUCUUCUCUCCUUGUUUGGUUUUCAUCUUCACAACUAGGAUAUCAUGUUGUUCUCCGAUCUAGCGUCUCGUCUAAGUUCUCCAUUUCACUAAAAAUCUAAACAAGUCCUUUUUAUUUGUAUUAUUAUAUUCGUUUCCGUUUCCUUCUUUUGUUUCUGGUUUCGUGCUUGGAUUUAAUCUUUUUCCUUUUCCCUUUACCCUUUCCUUCGUUCUACACUGAGAUGGAAAUUUUGAAUGACACACUUAAUGCUUGUGUUCCGGCCUUUGCUUGUGGUCUCCGUAUACUUUUGGUGGAUCAUGAUACCUCAUCUCUUCUGAUGGUUGCAUCAAUGCUUGAGCAGUACACAUUCAAGGUCACCACCACUGUAAUGGCAUCCACUGCUUUGACCAUGAUUCGAGAAAAGGAUAGAUCAUUCAACCUUGUCAUUGCUGACGUUUACAUGAAGGAUAUGAACAUCCUCCAAUUUAUGGGCAUGGUGCUUAAGGAGAACAUUCCUAUAAUAUUGAUGACCUCUUCUAGUGCACGUGUUGAUGUUGAAAAAGGGCUAGCUAAAGGGGCAUCUUUUGUUUAUGAGAAACCAAUUUCUUUGGCUGAUCUAAGGUAUGUGUGGCAGCAUGUUUACAGGAAGAGAAGUAAUCCAGUUUUGAGAUUGAGCUGUAGUAGUCAAGGAUCAAAUAGUAGAGCCAAAGGAGAGACGAACUUUGGAAACAAACCACAAGGCAUAGCGUUCCAUGAGUCUAGUUUUUCAUCUAAUGCUGCACUUAGAAAUAAUUUGCCUGCAACAACCACUGAUCAAAACUGGACCAACAAGCAACUUGGGGACUUGGUUCUGCUUGGUGCUAGCAAUCAACAAGUUAUAACUGCCGAUCUAAAGGGGAAGAGGAAGCUAUUCGAAUUAGAAGUCCUGGAGCGUGACAUUGAUCCCCGAAAGAAAAAUAAGCAAUUUGAAGCAGAAGCAUACCAUGGAAAUAGACACCUACAAAUGAUUAAUUAUCCCUUUGACCCAAGCGUAUACUCUAUCAAUGGACAGGUGAAGUCAUUUGGUCGGGAAGAAGGGUUAAUGAGAAGGAGACCAAAUGAUGACCAGGAAAGCCAAAACAAAGGCAAACAAUUUAGAAUGGACUUGGACCAAAUUCCUUCCAUGCUUGAAAUUUCAGAUGAUGAGGAUGAAUUGAAAGACCAGGGAGGCAACACCUCUAAGAACAGGAAACGGGCUGUUUGGACUCGGGAACUGCACUUAAAAUUUACAACAGCCCUGAGUCUGCUGGGUGAUAAAAAAGCUACUCCAAAAGCAAUACUAAGCUUGAUGAAGGUUCCUGAAUUUAAUCAACGCCAAAUUGCCAGUCAUCUUCAGAAAUACAAAGCACAAGUGAAGCGGAUAUACGAGGCUGGCACCACCACCACCACCUUACAGUCAGCAUGUGAAUCAAAAACUGGAGUUCAAAAAGUGAGUACAGAGAAGAACAAUUCACUAGCAAAAGAGCAAAGCCAGAGGGGUUCGGAAGUUGAAGGUGCUAAAACACGUCCACAACAGCAACCAUUUGGACAUAACUCCAGGUUUCCAGAGGCAACACUUAGUUUUAAUGAAAGGUUGAAGUUUGCUACUUCCUACAUUAAUGCAAAAAUUCAAAACCAACUAUUAUUUCCAAUUCAAGGCCAAAAUGCUAUGCUGGGAAGAAAUCUCACUAUUGCAGACAAAUAUAUGAAAAACCUCCCUGUGGAGAACAAAGAAUUACAAACUAUUGAGGCUUCUGCUCCACCAGCCUUCGCAAAAAAUCAGGAGAUGUGUUGCAUUGCUGAUAUCUUGAAAGCGCUGGAGGAAGAUGUAGACAAAAGCGAAAUCUUAGCUGGUCAACCAGAUUCAGGUGACAUUGAUCGAUUCUGUGAAUGGCUGGAGAAAGAUACACCAUGAAACAGUUCAGAUCCUGAUAUUACUCCUGCAGUGAGUCCAAUUUUGAGAAACUGCAGCAAAAUUAGCCUACCCCUUGUUCGAUUUGAGAACGAUGAACAAUUUCGAAACUUUAUGAAGUAUGAACCAUAAUAUGUUGUUAUGCAUCCAAUGCUCACAACUCUGGUUAUUAGUUUUUUCCUUUAAAUAUUUUUGUUUUUGAAGUGUU